GACGGUCUGAGCUCGCUGGCACUUGGCCCGGAACAGCAUGUGCUCGAUACCACCCACCAUCACGUCCUUGUCAAGCCCAUCCUAAGUGUCCAUCAUAAACAGGCGUCUUUGAUUCCCUGGCCAGAUGUUGCACGAUCGUUGAGCCAAGCGCUUCCUACACGCGACACGUCACGCAGCGCACGCGGGUCUGUCGGACAGUCUCACUCGCGCGAGCCAGGCUCACUCGUGCGCAACGACAAGAACCCUGGCAGCAUGCCCGCCUCCAAGAAGGGAACACAGGGCAAGGCGGGUGCCACGAGCAAGAAUGUCCACCGCCGCUCCACUUCGAGGCAGACGACGCCGCUGACCGAGGCAUCGACCACGCCUGCCACCGCCACGCCCUCUGCCAAAGAUGCUCCUGCAGCGACCAUGACCCCAUACCUCAAGACCUCGACCGCCGCCCUCAUCUCGACAGACCCCAGCAUAGAGACCCUCAUAGAUCGCAGUAAUGCUUCAGCUGCGCGGCCGGGCGAUCCGCCCACUGUGCGUGAGCUGCGCAUGCUGCAUGACACCAUUCGCGAUACCGUGAACCGCUUCAUGAGCAAGCGCGGUGAGGUAUGUGAUAGGUCUAUGCGGCAACUGGUGCAAAGGCGGAAGGAACGUUUGCAGGAAGAGCGGGAACAGGAAGCUGCACGUGAUGCGGAAAGAGCCAGAGUGAAGCGCGAGGAAGAGCGCUCGGCCAAGGACAAGAAGACCACAAGUAAGAAGCGACAUGCGGACGAGAUGGAUGUCGAUGCCGAUGAGAAGGAGCGGAAGGAGGCCCUGCCAAAUGUUGGAGCACACGGUCUGGCGCGGCAGGAUGGAGUGGGAGUGCAUCAAGGCGCCGACGCACCGCCCUCGCCUCCAGUCCAGCCUGGUACCGUUCCUCCAGAUCUUAUGGAGACUGCACCGGACGACUCGGACUCGGAAUCUUCGCGCCAUGACCCUCCGCCUACCGCGCCUCUCUACGAACGCAUUUACGGCAAGGACCCCACCAUUGGCGCAGACUCUGUCCGGUAUCACAUUCCAGAGCUCAACGAUGACAUGACAUAUGAAGAUAAGCGCGACAUAUUCAGUGUUGCACAGUGGCCCGAGAGCGACCUGAGAGAGCUCACUGCGGGAGAUCCGCCUGAUGCAGAUUUUUACAAUAAUGCGAAGCCCGCAAACCAGGUCAACUUCUCAACCUUCCAGACAUACGUCGAACCCUACAUCCGGCCAUUUACGGAGGAGGAUGUGGCAUUUCUGAAAGAGCGCGGCGAUAGAGUCACACCGUACAUCAUGCCACAGAGAGGUGCAAAGGGUUACAAGGAGAUAUGGGCUGCCGAAGACGGCCUCACUGGACUCGAGCCUCCAAAGCAGGAGCGCAAUAACCCAAAUGAGGCGAGAGGGAGCAUGGAAGAGCUCGAGGAUGAUAUUGCAGAUCAAGAUACAGUGAGCAUGGGCCCGGUCAUGAGUCGACUUCUUUCAGUCAUUCGACCACAGCCGAACACAGCAAAGAAGGAGGAGAACGAAGAUGCCAAUGGCGACACAUCGAUGACAAACGCGGAAGACGACGCAAUUAUGGCCCUUAUCAAUGGCACUAAUGAGGACCAAAAGCCUGUGACACAUCUACCUCCUGAGUUUCCUAGGCCUGCCAACUUACCACAGCUGGAUUAUGAGACUUUCGAGCACCGAGCUCUGCAGGAGCUAAAGUUCAUAGGAUUCGUUGCGCCGAAUGAGACUCCGGACUAUGACUCGAAUAGGGACGAUAUGGUGGCACAACGUUUGCGGACACUUCAGCACGAAUUGCGAGAGAUCAGCCGCCGCAAUAAUAUUCGCAAAGCACGGGUCUUGGAGCUGACUGAGGAACGCAUGGCAAUGCAGGAAUAUGCCAACAUCGCAGACGACUUGGACAACCAAGUCAAUGCUGCCUACCUCAAGCGCAACCGGUCACUUGCGAAGCCCAACCAAAAGAAAGGUGCAGCGCAGAGACCUGGGCAGAAAGGUGUUGCAUCAGCGCCUGCUGGUAGAGGCGUCAGCGAUGGUGUGCGAGCUCUCAUGCAGAAGCGUAAAGACUGGAUCGAAAUGGUUGGACCGGUGGUUGGUUAUGGACGGCCGCCUAUUCCAGGUGAUGAUGAAACGAUCUUUGACGAAGGAAAUUGGAAGAGGCUCGAGAAGCUUGAGAAGGAGGCCGAGAUGGGUGAUGCUGAGGCUGAGUGAUUGUGUCGAUGAGGUUCACGAUGAGUGGCACAAGCAGCGAAUUGCCCACAGCUAUCGAUCAAAUUGCUUCACUCAGCUGAAUGAAGUCUAGUCAUUCAGACCGAAGGGGUGAUGAUGUGGGUGCGACUAAAACAUGCCACCGACUUUCUCACCUCAGGCUUUGAAACAGGGAUGCUUGGAUAUCACGACAGACAUUUUUGGCCGGAGCACCAGAUCUGAGGGAGAUGCAGGGAAAGUACAUAUAGUGCGCGCCAACGCAUCACGCUGUCUUCCCGCACGUAACGACUCAAUUCCAAGUCAAUUCUCAGACA